AUGGAAAUCCUAUACCUACACACGGCAUUUUUAAUUAUACCGCAGGUAGGAAGCGAGGUUCUUGAUGAUACCCGUGAGGGAAAGGAGAAACAUCCAACAGGGAAAACGCUGCAUUUGGGGGGGCAUUGGGUGCUUUUCAAGCAUGCAUACCGACGCUCCAUUUAUCUUCCGACGGCAGUGGGCGGGACGGUUCCUUUUACGGCGAACGACUUGGGCCCCGCGGCGCCUCAGUGGCGGGCUCGGAGCGACCUCUCCGGCUAUCGGUACAGCCCUAUUGCCUGCCAUGUGUGCAGCUACUUGUGCUUCACAGCCCCUGUAGUUGGCGAUGAGGAGGACAGAUGCCAGUUCACUUUAGACUGGAACACGACUGCCAAGAUGCAAGAUCGAUGUCCUCAUUGGAUGUAG